GCCCGGCCGUCAGCGUGGCGCUCGUGUCGCCCAUGCCGCACACGCCUGAGCAAGAGGGCCGGACCGGCCCGGGCCGCGCCGGCACCGGCACCGGCACCGCGCCACACGCCGACGGCAGGCGGCAGAAGGAGACCAUCUCCGACCCGGCCGGCGAACAGAAGCCGGCGCCGCCGCCGCCAUCGUCCGAGAAGGAGCCCGACCAGGAGCAGGAGCAGGAGCAGGAGCAGGAGGGCUCGGAGGACGUGUACAGCUUGCGGCCCAUGCAGCCGAUCCUCCGGCUGAGCCAGUACGGCCUGAGCCGCGGCGGCGUGGCGCUGCCCGGACGCCGCCUGCACAACCAGCACAGCUACGGUUACAUGUCGGACACGGACGCGGUGGCCGAAGAGGCGCGCUACGACGCCGUGCUGGACGGCUACAUGUCUGAGGACGGCCUGUACGCCCGCAACCCGCCGCAGGUCAAGUACAGCAGCCUGCCUCUGGCCUGCCACCGGGCCCGGACCGGUGUCGGGGGCGAAACCAGCCUGUGGCGAGUGGAGGCGCAGCAGAAGACGCCGGCGGUGGCGGCCAUGGCGGCCGACCGGCCCGCGUACUACUCCUACACGGACGCCCCGGGCUCUUCCUUCCUCAAGCAGAGAAUGGCGCACCCAUCUGAUCAAAACCGACUGGGGAGGAAGGAUCCAGCGCCAGAGUUCAAGCAGAUCUCCAACACGCAGUGGAAGCGGGCGGUAGAGGGCCGCCGGCCGCCAGGCGACCUGACCUCUGCCGUCGUCGCCCAGGCGCCCGCACCAGACCCGCGUCGUGAGCGCAGCGCCACGCCCGUCAGCAAGCACAAGCGCGAGAACGGCGCCGGCACGCCCGAGCCCUCGGCGUCGCCCGCCGCCGCCGCCGCCGCCGCCGCCGCCGCCGCCUCCGCCGCCGCCGCCACCGCCGCUGAGUCCCCGAACCUGAAGUUCUCGCGCCAGAAGCUGCGCAAGUCGGCGACGUACGCCAAGCGGCCGACCAGCCAGACGUCGGUGAGCUCGGCCGGCAGCUCCGGCCUGCCGCCCAAGGACCCUGAGCACCGGCCGCGCACCAAGGUUAAGGUCAGCGGCAGCACGCAGACCACGGCCGAGCUGCUGGGCGGCGAGCAGGAGCUGGCCGCCCGCCGGCUGCAGCAGCUCAAGUCCUACAGUCUGACGGGGCCGGCGGCGCAGCAGCUCUCGCAGUCGGUGCGGGAGCGCAUCCUGGCCGGCGGCGGCGAACACACCUUCUCGACACUGCCGUCGGCCGGCCGCGAGCGGGGGCCGCGCGUCGUCAAGGCCUCGGACGGCUCGCUGAGCGACAGCAACUACGGCAGCUACGGCGACCCACGCCGCCAAAUGGCGCAGCGGCCCAGCUCGGCCUACACCGCCUACGUGGGCCAGCAACUGGCCAAGACCUUCAGAGGGAGCAUGACCGAGGCCGAGUCGAUGGAGUCGGUCAGCUCAGGCGCGUCGGGCCUGCUGGCGCAGCUGCAGCAGCAGCGCAGCGGCUCGCUGACGCAGAACCGGCUGCUGACGUACCAGUGGGAGGGCCAGGCCGGCCAGUCUCCCCGCCUCAGCCGCAGCAACUCCAUCAGGUCGACCAAGUCUGAGAAGCUGUACUCGAACCUGCUGCAACGGGGUGGCUCGGACGAGGACCCGUUCUACUCGGCGCUCGUGUCGGGCCGCGGCGAGCCGCCGUCGCCAUCGCCCUCGCCCAGCCGCGCCAGCUUCCCGCUCUCUCCAAUGACAGGCCGCGGCAGCUACGGCGCCCGCAGCACCAAGGACGACGACGCGCACGGCUCGUCUCUGAGCCUCGUCUCCACCACGUCGUCCAUCUACUCGGCGCAGGAGGAGAAGCAGGCGAGCGAGACGCGCCGUCUCAAGCGUGACCUGCUCGAGUCCCAGGAGAAGGUGCAGACGCUCACCAACCAGCUGACCACCAACGCGCACGUGGUGGAGGCGUUCGAGCAGUCUCUGACGUCGAUGACGAAGAAGCUGCACCAGAUCACGCUGACCAGUGAACAGAAGGAUAAGGACGUGGCCGAGAUGCGGCGGCAGAUCGACCGACUGCAGCGCGCCUUAGCGGCCAGCGGCGGAAGCCAAAGUGCGUCGCUCACCCGCCAGACGUCGAACGAGAGCAUCUCAAGUCUGUCCUCGGCGUGCAGCGUGCAUUCUCAGCAGAGCAGCCGGACCCCGGACAGCCCCGGCUCUCACAAGAAGAAGAAAAAGGGAUGGUUCUCCGCCUCCCCGCAGCUGCGCAGCUCGUUCGGCAAGGCGUUCUCACGCCGCAAGCCCAAGACCGGCAGCGACAUGGAGGACACGAGCGCGCCCUCGUCGCCCGUCAUGGCUGCGCGACACGGCGGGGCGGCUGCCGACCAGCCGGACACGCCCGCUCGGGCCGAGGAGCCGUCGUCGGCCGGGCCGGUGGAGGACGACCUGCGCCGCCAGCUGCGUGAGAAGGACACGGCACUGACCGACAUGCGACUGGAGGCGCUCUCCUCGCAUCACCAGCUCGAGACGCUCAAGGAGACCGUCAACCGUAUCCGCAAGGAGAUGGCCUGCAUGCGCCAGGACAACGAGCGGCUGCAGCGUCUGGUGGCGUCACGCUCGGCCAACUCGUCGCGCUCGUCGCUGGCGGCCGAGCCGGGCGAGCGACCGCUGACGGCGCCCUCACCCACGGCCGAGACGGCGCCGCGGCUGGAGGAGGCGGCUGCGCCGCCGCCGGCGCCGGCUAGCGCCGACCAGAAGGCGCUGGUGGUGGGCGUGCGCAUGGGCGGCGAGCAAUGCCCGGUCGGCGCCGUCACCGUCGGACGCAAGACGGUCUGGGACGUCCUCGACGACGCUGUCCGCAGGACGUUCAAGGAGUACCUGUGCCGGCUGGACCCGGACCAGAGCCUGGGCAUCGACACGGACGCCAUCACCGGCUAUCGGCUGGGCGAGGUGUCGCGCGCGCUGACGGGCGGCGCCGAGCCUCCCGAGCUCAUGCCCUGGGGCUACACGAUCGGCGACGUGCGCCAGGCGGAGCUGAGCCUGCGCGGCCACCGGGAGGGCUGCGUCGACGCCUUCGUCUUCGAGACGCUCAUCCCGAAGCCGAUCGUGCACAGGUACAUCUCGAUCCUGCUGGAGCACCGGCGCGUCAUCCUGUGCGGCCAGAGCGGCACGGGCAAGACGUACCUGGCGCGCCGUCUGGCCGAGUACCUGGUGCGGCGGAGCGGCGCGUCGGCCGCCGCCGCCGCCGCCGCCGCCACCGACGCCGAUGCCGUGGCCACGGUCACCGUGGAGCCGGGCGGCAGCCGCGAGCUGCACCAGUACCUGACACAGCUGUCGGAGCGGUGCCGGCAGCCGGACGCCGCGCUGCCGCACGUGCUCAUCCUGGACAACCUGCACCACGUGCAGGCUCCGGCCGACGUGUUCAACGGCUUCCUGAGCACGGCGCACACGGACCCGCGCUGCCCCUACAUCAUCGGCACGAUGAGCCAGCCGGCCGGCGCCUCCACCGACCUGCAGCUGCACCACAACUUCCGCUGGGUGCUCUGCGCCAACCACGUGGAGCCGGUGCGCGGCUUCCUGGGGCGCCACCUGCGCCGCCGGCUGGCCAGCGCCGAGCUGGCCAGCGGCACGCACGACCCGCAGCUACGGCUCGUCUUCGAGUGGGUGCCACGCGUCUGGCAGCAGCUCAACAAGUUCCUCGAGACGCACAGCUCGGCCGACGUCACCAUGGGCCCCCGGCUACUGCUGAACUGCCCGUGCGACCUCACCGCCUCCCAGGUGUGGUUCACGGGCGUCUGGAACUACUCGAUCGUGCCCUACCUGGUGGAGACGGUGCGCGAGGGCCUGCUCAUCUACGGCCGCCGCGCCAGCUGGCACGACCCGACCCAGUUCGUGCUCGACACGUACCCGUGGCAGCGGGCGGCGCCGCACGCCGGCGUCGACUCGCUGACCCGGCUUCGACCCGAGGACGUCGGCUACGACGCGGCGGCGCCGGCGGGCGCGACGCUCGGCCGCGACGCGCCGCCGCCGGCGCCGGCCGAGCGGCGCGCGUACAAGGAUAGCGACCCGCUGCUGAGCAUGCUGAUGAGUCUGCAAGAGGCGGCCAACUACAGCGUGGUGCCAGGCCGGGUCAGCAGUGCGGCCACCACGCCCGAGCGGGCGCCCGAGCAGGGCCGACGCCAGGCCGGCGGCCAGGCCACGCUCUGAGGCCACAGAGUCACUCCCUGAGGCCGCCACUGGCCAGGAAAACGCCCUCUGAGGCUACCACUGGCGAGAGAGGCGCCCUCUGAGGCUACCACUGGCGAGAGAGGCGCCCUCUGAGGCUACCACUGGCGAGAGAGGCGCCCUUUGAGGCCACCGCUGGCCGGAGAGGCGCGCUCUGAGCCCGCCGCUGGCCUGAGAGGCGUCCUUUGAGGCCGCCGUUAGCGGGGAGGAGCCUGGGUCAGGAGCUUGUGAUCAGAGGAGGCUGCGCGGUGUAGUUAGGGCCGGAGGUCGCGUCUGGCGUAGAUGUGACUGCCUGCUACCGCGGCGCCAGCGAGCAUCGCACUGUCUCCACUCGAGGCCCCGUCGUGUCGGGAGGUGGCGGGGCCUCCACUUGCCAGUUUCGUUCGACACAUCUAUAUCUGCUUGCGCAGUGCGCUUGGUGUCGGUGCGGGAGCACGCGGCAUCCUUCGCGCGUGCAUGCAACAUUCGCUCCCGAUGUUGUGUUUUGAUAUGACGUUUACCACCGUAAACAGCAACAACGUAUCGCAAAUGUCUAUUCACGUGCUUGGGAAUGCUUGAGACCUAUGUGAAACCAAAAACUGGUGUGGUGGAACCCCGGGGACCUUGGUCGGUGCUGUAGUCAGUGGCGCUGCAUUUAUGAUGGCAUUGAUGUCGGUGUAGUUUGUAUUUUUGCACGACGCGUGCCCCGCCCGCGGCGGAAGUCGAACUCGAGUCUACGGUUUUAUAAAGUGUUUUGAGUGUUAAUUGCUGACACGUGGAGGCGUGCUUUGCCUCCGAAAUACAUGGAUGUGAUCAUUGA